AUGUGGGGGGAGUUGGUGACACAGGCUACAUCCCACUGGAGAGAUCACCUCCAAUGGCUGGGACAGCCAAACAACUCACAGAAGUGUUUGAAGAACGACAUCGGCGAGCCGAAACUGGACGUGAUAUGCUAUGCGGCCAACUAUUAUCCACACCGGAGCUGUUUGGCUGGUCAGGAUAUCGUGGUGGAAAGCCGGCACUUCGUCACAUUGGAGGAACAGCUGAGGGGCUGGCCAAAGUUGUCUGUGCACCUCAAGAUCGAUGCGCUGGAGCUUAGGUUGAAGGAUCGGAGUGGGAUGUGUUGGAGUGGCUGGGACCCCAAAUGCACAGACCAUGACCAGCAGCCUUGCCUUACACAUCGGAGAGAGUUUCACCGCUGCAGCACACUUGGCUUUUCAGGCUUUGGAAGAGUAGGAGCUGGCAUCAAUGGUAGCAUGUUUGAGAGGGAUGCGGCCGAUGAAACCAAGCAGAUGAUCGCAGAGGGCCAUGCAGCCAUCUUGAAGGUGGUCCGAUACAGCGAUGACUCAGCCAGCGAUGCCUUUGAGAUCUUCCGGAAAGGCGUCGUCCGCGGCUCCAGUACACAGUCCGCGACACUGCAGGAGCUGGACCAGAAGUCCAAGAUCCUCACAUUCCUCGCUGAGUUUGCUAAAUUCAGACGGCCGCGUCGAAGGCAGGUUGCCAACGUUUGCAGCAUCCUCCUCAAGGACGCCAGCUGGAAAGAAGCUGCAGAGGGCCUUUCGGAGCCUCUACCGGAGAUGGAGGUUCACGGGGACAUGCGCGAGCCCCGCAGCCGCAGCAGCGAGGUCUCCGUGCCGGCAUCGCCCUCCGAAGCGCUCAUCUCUCUCAGGGAGGCGGUCGAACAGUUGCGGCGGCUAGACUUUGAGAACGUGGAGGAAGAAGGGCGGCCAGAGGCGAAGAAAUCCCUGCAGCAGUUUGCCCAGGGACUGCAUCUGGUCAGAGAAUACCACCCAGCGGAGCUGCAGGAAAUCGACCGGCUGCUGCCGAAACAUCCCAUCCUUCGCUUUCUGAUCUUGGCCAAAGAGGAGUUUUGCCGAGAGCAGGCCCUACAGGCCCUGCGCCAGCUCCUCACGACGCCUCAGCUUUCAAAAUGGAGGGAAGCCCUGGAAGACGACCGCGAGCUCCUGGAGGCUGCCAUGGCGAGCCGCAUUCUGAGCUCGGGAUCUCCGGACGGACGCUCCCCGAUCUCCCGCAGCAGCCGCGGCAGCGGCUCGGACUACGAGUCGGCCGCGUCCGACGAGGAGCUUUCCCAAGUGCCGAUCCGCAACCACGCGAGGUGGAUGUGGCAAGACGCCGGCCGAGGCUACGGAGGGCCCAUCGGCGCGGGCUUGGCUCGCCUGAACCCCGCGCGCUGGAGCCAGCUGCUGCCGGAGGACCAGGUCGUCGAUGAGCUCUGCCGUUUUUUGGGCACCGGCUCUGAAGACAGGCCCGUGAGAUUAGAAGUUGAAGCGAAUGGCCGCAGGAAAAAGAUCGAAGUGCCCAAUGUGAGAGAAGCCGUGAGGCUGACCAACAACCCCGCUGAGUGGGACAAGGUACGAACCCUUGACAUGGAGAUCCACUUCGGCUUCGGCAGCGCUGCAGAGCUGCCGCAGUACAAGGCCUUGAGCCUUCAGGAGAAGCUGACGCGUCAGGUCUCCAUCAUGGAGGCUCUCCGAAAGCGAUUCUUCUGCACAGGAUCCACCCUCGAAGUCUACAGACAAGGACAACUGCGGGGUCUCGCCCUGCGGCGAGCGCCGGCCUCGGAGAGUUUCGGAAAAGAGGGGCCUCCGGUGUAUCUGCCCAACGGCUUCUCCGUCACGGCCUUCGCCGUCUCCUACGUGCACAAGGAGCUUGUCGACGUCCGCUUGGAUUGA